AUGCCCUCAACAUACAAAAAAGACAAACCCUGGGAUACCGACGACAUUGACCACUGGGCCGAAGAAACCUUCACCCCGGACCAAAACACUUCAGGCACCUUCACCGAUGAAUCCAGCUUCGCGACCCUCUUCCCCAAAUACCGCGAAGCCUACCUGCGCGCCUCCUGGCCGACGAUCACCCGCGCGCUCGAGAAAAAUGGCAUUGCUUGUACACUAGACCUGGUGGAAGGCAGCAUGAGCGUCAAGACUACACGAAAGACCUUCGACCCGGCGGCGAUACUGAAUGCGCGGGAUUUGAUAAAACUCCUCGCGCGGAGCGUACCAGCCCCUCAAGCGCUGAAGAUCCUAGAGGACGGCGUAGCCUGCGAUGUGAUCAAGAUCCGGGGCCUAGUGCGCAACAAAGAUCGCUUCGUCAAGCGACGACAGCGCAUCCUCGGCCCCAACGGCAGCACGCUCAAAGCCCUCGAGCUCCUCACGCAGACCUACAUCCUCGUCCAAGGCAACACGGUCAGCGUCAUGGGCGGCUACAAAUCCCUCAAAGAAGUCCGGCGAGUAGUGGAGGACUGCAUGGCCAACGUGCACCCCAUCUACCACGUCAAAGAACUGAUGAUCAAACGCGAACUCGCCAAAGAUCCGGAGUUGAAGGACGAGAAUUGGGAUCGCUUCCUGCCGCACUUCAAGAAGCGGAAUUUGAGUAAACGGAGGGUUCCGUUCAAGGUGCAGGAUAAGAGCAAGAAGACGUACACGCCGUUCCCGCCGGCGCAGGAGAAGAGUAAAGUGGAUCUGCAGAUGGAGACGGGGGAGUAUUUCUUGAGUAAAGCGGCGCAGGAGCGGGGGAACAAGGAGAGGAGGGAGGAGGUUGUGCGGGGGAAGAUGGAGGAGAGGAGGCGGAAGAGGGAGGAAGGGUUUGAGGCGCCGAAGGAGGAUGGGGAGGACAAGAAGAAGAAGAAGCGGAAGAGGGAGAAGGAUGGGGAGGACGGGGAGGGGAAGAAGAUGAGGAAGGAGAAGAAGGCUGUAAUGGUUGAUGGUGGGGAGGAGUAG